AUGAACCACGAGGCCUUGCACACAUGGUUGCAGCAAAUGACCGAUGGUGCGGUCAUGCACCCAUCCGGUGUCACAAUGCCUGCGGACAAGACAUCGACGGUGUUCCAAACGCCGAUCUUGUCCUUUGGGUACAAAAAGCCCACUGAUGGGUGGCCGAUCCUCAAGGAUUGGGUAGGCCAUGCAACAUCUAUCUACUCGAAUGGGUAUGAGUCGUGGAGAGAGACGGUCGAGUUGAAGGUUCUGUCAGAUGCGAGCCUUGGUCAGCCUAUGACCUGGGGAUGCGUUCUCCCGGCGAAGGGCUUUGGCAGGAUCAGUGUGCUGAUGUUUGGCAUCAUCUACUCCUAUGCCGAGCUGCAUGGCAAGCCCUGCUGGUCGGAGGAAGUGGAGAAGGAGUUCAAGCAGUGCCCCGUCAAGAAUCUUAAUGCCUACAAUUUGAUUUAA